CCUCAACGCAUCAGUGCAACAAGCGUCUUCAUGUUUAACUGGCAGUGUGCGUCAAUACUGACAAAGAUGGAGUGGAUGUGGUUUUCCAGCAGUUUCUCAGACAGCUGGCCCAGACUCGGGUGGUCCUGAAGUGCUGCCUGUGUAGAUGUUGUCUUCCAGGUGACACAGGCCGUCAUGCGGAACCACGAUUCCCGCCAGGCGGCUGUCCAGGGCCAGGUGGGACGGCUGGUCGGUCAUCAGGAGCAACAGACGUUUGGCCUCCGGACGCCAACCCACGGCUCUCUGAGGGGUUGUUGAUCUUGGUGGGAUGCACGUUGAUGUAAGGUGACACCGGCUUGUCCACGAAGGAACCGAACCCGAGCCAAAGGUCUGAGGAGUGCUCCGUCAUACGCAGAGACAGAGCCACGCCCACCGUCUUCAGCUAAAGAAAACAGACGUGCUUGUACGUAGACGCAUUCCAUACCUCCUUGAAGCACCAGGAACACUGCGGUGCACGCCUGAGACACUGGGUGCAGGAUGUGACCACGGGGGACGAGCACACGUUGUUGCCUGGAGGGACAGAUGUCAUUGAGUUCCAGGAUGGAGAUGCUGAGUGACAACACGCUGCUCCGUGUUUCCUACAAGAUGCUUUUUGCUCUCAAUUUCUGCUGUGUGGGAUCAGUGGAGUGUUGUGUGCUCGAAAGAGGAGCGGCCUUACUAUGAUUUUAUUCUCGGCGUGUUGCAUCUGUGGCCUGAUCGCCGGCAUCCUCAACUUCCAGUUUGUGCGGGCGCUGAGUAAACGACCAGACUCCAUGGAGUCCAUUCACCUGGCGGCCAUGACUCUGGCCUGUCUGGGCAUCUCCUCGUGCACGUUGUCCACGUGGCUGACGUGUCGUCUGGCCAGCGUGGAGCAACAGAGGAUGUUCCUGGAGCGGGAACACUCCCUGCAUCAUUCCCAGGAGAUGACGGAGAAGGAUGUCCUGGACAACUCCAGCAACGGCGUCCCGCAAAUCUCCUACAACGGACACGGCAGUGCGUCGCCGUGACGACGGGACCUGCAUCUUCUCAUGGCUGGCUAAGAUAAAGCAUGGCUGCAGAAUGUACAGUAAGCUUAUGUGUGCGGCCGAUAAAGAGGGAGGUUUAAAAAGAAAAGGGGGCUUUGAACCUCCUCCCAUCAAACCAAAGAGGGUGGAAGACGACACGCUGGGAGGGAUUUUAGUGCCUUGAAGCAACAAGCACAACACUUGAUGUCCACUUCAUGGCUUUUAUGGAAUGCAAAGUAUGACAUCGCCUUCUGGGAAAUGUUUGCAUUGGUUUAGGACAAUACAUUAGGUACACCGUCCACUCUGAGAUCCAAUGCAAUGGCUGCAUUAUAAAAUGUUUAAUAAUGCUUUCAAACAGCACAUUACAAUAAGAAUAUGUUAUAGUAUAAUUGUGGGCAGCGCGGUGGCACAGGGGUUAGUGCGUGUACGUGCCUCACAAUACGAAGGUCCUGAGUUCAAUCCCGGGCUGGGGAUCUUUCUGUGUGGAGUCUGCAUGUUCUCACCGUGACUGCGGGGGUUCCCUCCGGGUACUCCGGCUUCCUCCCACCUUCAAAGACAUGCACCUGGGGAUAGGCCCCUCCCACCUCCAAAUACAUGCACCUGGGGAUAGGCUCCUCCCAUUUCCAAAUACAUGCACCUGGGGAUAGGCCCCUCCCACCUCCAAAUA